CUCGAUAUAUCGGCAGGCCGCUGCGAGUCAUUGUUGAAUCCGUACACAUUAUUCAUCAUGAUAUCAACGGCUUUUUUGUGGUGUCUAUCCGCUAUGACAACGAUGUCGCCGGCAUACUUGUCGCCGUCUACCACAUGCCGCAAUAACUGCACGUUCUUCACUGUUCAAGAGGAGUUUAAAGUGAAUCGUACACUUAUCGAUCCCUCUGAAUUGGCUUCGUCGAUGUAUUUCCUGGGAAAUCUGGUUUUUGGACAAAUGUAUUGCAUGGCAGCUGAUCGGAUUGGACGACGUCCCGUAUUGGUGUGGAGCCUUAUCGUUUCCGGUUUGGCCGGUGUUGGAGCCGCUAUAUCUCCGAAUCUCUUUCUGAUGCUCUCUGGAAGAUUCAUUCAGGGAUCAUUUUUCAGUUCAAUCACGAUGAUCAACUGGGUCCUCUGCUGUGAAUCGAUUGCCUUCAAAGGACAUUCCUAUACUUCAGUCCUCUAUGUUUGGAUUUUAGGUUACUGCAUAGUUACUCCUAUCGCAGCAUGUUUCCCGUCGUGGCGUUCAGUACAACUCAUCACGUCCCUACCCACUUUGUUUUUUGGCGUUGUAAUACUUCUUCCUGAAAGCUUCGGAUUUUUGGUGACUAAAAAGAAAGCGGUGGAAGCCGAAAAGUGGAUGCAACGCGCGCAACAUUGGAGUGGGCGGAAUAUCGAAUUUGACAUUUUAAACACGAUCAAGGUCGAAACUGCGAAAAUUCCCGAAGAGACGAAUCUUCUCGAAAGUCUUAGUGAGUAUCACGAUGUCGUGGUCGCUAUCAUUAACUUCUAUAAGCAGUCUUAG